CCGACCCAGCACACGGCUUGGAUGCGACCAUGGCAAAUACGUAUCCACCGGUACCAUACCCACCCAUCGCGCCUCGCCUCAAUUCCGACGCACAGCACGGCUUCAACGCGGCCAUGGCAGACACGUAUCCACCCGUACCAUACCCACCCAUCGCGCCUCCAGCAUAUGCGUCUUUCAUGGGCGGUCCUCGGACCUUCAUGUCGUACCUCACGGAGGAGCAAAUGGACGCAUCCAAUCUCCUUCCUCUCACCCUCUUCCUUCCCUUUUCUCGCGAAUUUUUCCCAGACAAUCAUUUCCCUGCCGGUUACUUCUGCUUCGAAUGCGGGCGUGUCAAUGCGCAGCGGUUUCUUCGCCAUCGAGUUUGCGAGAGUUUACACUGUCAACGACGGCGCCACCUGCGAAAUCACGCUGUGGCGGAGGCGGAGGCGGAUACGCAACAGGCAUCCAAGAACGAGAAGGGCAACGCCGAAACGCAAGAGGGAGAGGGAUGGUUGUGGAAUGCGUCCUCCGCGCGGGACUGUCGAUUGAUGGAUUGGUACGACAAGGAGACGAUACGGCCACCUAAGGUGGAGGAAUGGAAAGACGGUGUCAAAAUGUUCUCGUACGAUCUUCCAAGCCUUUCUACGCAUUCCACCGGCUCCACGGCGAACUCAGGUAGCUCGACCCCAUCUGCGCCUCAUCCGGUUUCUUCAGUCCCCGUUGCGUCUUCGUCGGCAGUGGUAAUGGAACAUGGGCUACAGCAGGCGUUGCUACGCCAUAUAUUCGUCACCAACAAACCAUCCGAUCAAGAGGAGCCGUCAAGUCUAUUCGUCGAUAUUCAGAAGAAGAUUUUAUUGGAGAGGAAGCCGGGUGGAAACGUCUUCAGCGCUUCGUUCGAUUUACAGGAGGCUGCUGGCGAAGAGGAGACUGAACUCACCGGGAAGGGAAAGCAAGCCUGGCCGGACGUGAUCGAAGCCGUGAAGGAGUUGAUGGAGUGGAGGAUCUUUUCGAAUGGGGAGGAGAACUGUAAGGCGGGGUUGAAGAAUAUGGUGGUCCAGGCCUGGCAUGGCGAAGGCAAGGCGAAAAAUGUCUUUCGCACAUCCGACCCUGCUUCCCAUAUCGCAGUCCUCAACCUUGGAUCAGACACGGCCUUCUCGUUUUUUCUGCCCAAGCAUUCUCGCCCGAGUCCUAAUCGCGCUGGAACGAUGCCACCUCCGAAUGUAGAAGAGUCGGGCUCAGCAGUUCAGAAGGCAUACACGAAGAGGCAACCUGGGCAGUCGAUGGCACAUGAGCUGGUCAGGCUGAGUUUGCUACAUGGAGAUGUGAUGCUUUUGAGCGGAAGGAGCGAAUAUGAGUAUUCUCUGAACAGAUCUGGGAUGUGUAUAGUUAUCGUCGCUGAAUACUCUCCAGCGUAGUUGUUCAGCGCCCAGCCCACUCACUGUCCGUUUUCGUCUUCUUGCUCUGAUUUGUUUUACUGUAUCCCACAUAACUUGUACCUGCCCGCGUCUUGCGCUUCUUGUCUUACUGCUUGUACAUGAUGUCUUCUUAAUGCUUACCUGUCUUACGAUCUGCACCGC